AUGGUCAGCUUCGGUAGGCUACUUGCACCUCAGGAGAGAGUUGCAUUGUCAGCGUCGACUUUUUCGACGUUUUUCUUGCCGGCCUUUGUCUCGUACUUUGCAAUGGGCGUGCUGGUUCAACGAAAACGCACUGCAAUGAUCCGCGUUGCGUUGCUUCCAGUCACACUGUUGUGCGCAUAUCGAGCUGGCUCAUCGCUCGAUCUUUCUUUUGGCAUCCCUAACUACCGUUUCCUCAAUCAUGGCUUAGUUCUCGCCAUAUUCACUCUUUCGAUGCGAUCGACCGCUUGGGCUUUCGCAAAAAAACCAUAUAAACGGAUCGCUUUGCAACCGAACAAAACAUUCCAUAGUGAUACCUUGCAAUCAGGCAGCACAAGCAACCAGUUGACCAAUGUUGACGAUACCCCACUAUUUACCGCUAUCUGGAACGCAUGGGAUCUAUCAGUUAACCUUCGCGGGAUUGGGUGGGAUUGGGCGGAAGGCCUACGCAUUCCAAAGAGCAGUUGUGGAACAAAAUCAACAUCAGAGUUCCUGCUCAGCACUCUCACGAAGCUACUGUUCUAUACGCUUGCAUUUGAUGCUACCUCUGGAGCCGCUCGUGAUUUUUCUCCGGAAACAUUUGGAUCGGUUGAAGGGGGCACAAUAUUCGACGCAUCACUACCGCCCCUCAGUCGCUAUACCCGGUCUACCAUCAUUACGAUCCUCUCUGGUUGGACAGCAUAUUUUGUGAUUGAAUUGGUGUAUCAGAUACACACCAUCGAGUUCGUCUUGUUAUUCAGACAAGCACCGUCUCAAUGGCCGCCGUUGUUUGAUGCUCCUUGGCUCUCGAGAUCGUUGACCAGUUUUUGGGGCCACAGGUGGCAUCAAUUGUUCCGGGAGUGCUUUAUAUCAGUCGGUGCUCGACCAUUGUCAUACCUACUUGGUCGCACUGGAGGGGUGAUGGGCGCAUUCCUCAUCUCAGGCGCUCUGCACUAUCUUGGAUUGAAGGCAAUGGAACGAGGUGGUCACCCUGUUGUUGUGUUUGGGUUCUUCAUUAUGCAAGCCAUCGGUCUAAUGCUUGAAGGCAUGUGGAAGAGUUAUACGGGCUUACGUGUCGAUGGAUUUUUGGGCUUGCUGUGGACUUGGCUUUGGGUAGUCUUAUGGGCUAACUUCAUGGUUGAUGCAUGGGCGAGAGUUGGUUUGAUCGGGUCCAAGUUCUUACCGGACAAUUACAGACCGACAGUCUUGCUUGUCCAUUUUUUAAAACAUUAUCUCAAUCUGUUACUGGAUUCUCUGAGAUAG